GAAUUUUCAGCACCCUCGUGUCGCGACACAGCAGACGACGAACACCAUCCAUGGCUGCUGGGCACAAGAUGAAGAAGGCUGGACGGAGCACAGCGAAGCGAAGGAAGGAGGAAGAGGUGCAGGAGGAGGAGGAGGUGAAAGAGGAUGUGCUGGAUACACGGGAGAGUAAUACAAUGACUCGGGAAGAAGAGGAAGGUGACAAUGAAGAGGCUCAGAGUGCAGAUGACGAGGACGAUGAUAAGGGGGAUGACGAGGAUGAUGUUGAUGAAGAGGAUGAUGGCGAAGACAGCAAUAAUGAAGAAGAGGACGAGGAUGGAGAGGACGAUGAAGAGGACGACAAUGACGAUGAAGAGGACGACAAAGGAGAGGAGACGGCAGAUGGCGAAGGAAAUGGCAAGACAGAGGCGAACAACGAAGACCUCGGCGGUGGCCUGUUCAGGAAUACCACAUUGUCAUCCACAACAUCCAAGGACGGCAAGAAGCACGAGCGCGGCAUCAUCUAUCUCAGCACCAUCCCGCCUUACAUGAAGCCUGCCAAGCUGCGCCACAUCAUGUCCAAGUUUGGAGAGGUGGACCGCAUCUUCCUCCAACCAGAAGAUCCCAAGAUUCGCAAGCGCAGGAUGGAGCGUGGGGGAAGCAAGAAGACCAACUUCUCCGAAGGCUGGGUUGAGUUUAUCAAGAAGAAGACGGCAAAGAAAGUCGCGGCCAUGCUCAACGGCUCUCUCGUUGGCGGGAAGAAGAACAACUUCCACCACGAUUUCCUGUGGAACAUGAAGUAUCUUCCCAAGUUCAAGUGGCACCAUCUUCAGGAGCGCAUGGAGUACGAGAAGGCGAGUCGCCGGUAUCGCCUGCGAGCGGAGAUGGCGCGCAUGCAGCAGCAGACAACCGCGUAUCUCCAGCAGGUCCACGCCGCAAAGAGAUUGAGCCGAGCGAUUGCACGCGGUGUAGCACAGCACGAUGCCAAGAAGACGUCAUCGUCGUCAUCGUCAUCGUCAUCGAGGAGGGAGAGGGGCAGGUCAUAUCGUUUCCGGCAGCGCGAGCCAAUCACAAAGCGCGCAAAGACCGACGACGAGUGAUGGCGGCAGUCGCGGUGGACACAGUCGUACGAUGUGGUGUGGUGGCGGUUGAUGUAUGUUGGUGGUUUGGAUGUUGGUGGUGAACUGAUGGUGGUUUGGAUAAAUGCUCCCCUUCUCCUCUCCAUUGUGUGCGUGUGCGUGCAUGUUUCCAUUCUCGUUGUGGCCGCUGUUGACUGCUUUCCAAGUGGCUGUAUUCUCACUCUUUCACUCUUUCUCCCUUUCUCCCUUACUCUCUUCUCGCUGUCCAUAAACAUGAACCCAACACAUACGUGCACAUGUGUGCACACGUUAACGC